AUGAUAGAACAGAUGCGUAGCGAAGAUGAAAAUGCAUUUAAAGGCAUGUUUCGAAUGAAUGGCGUUCAAUUCGAUUUUCUAUUGGAAAAAGUUCGUCCGUUGAUUACAAAAAAGGAUACAAAUAUGCGCAAAUCAAUUUCAGCAGAAACGAGAUUAAUGAUAACACUAAAAUAUUUAUCAAGUGGUGACUCAUAUAGAACAUUGAUGUACCUGUUUCGCGUUCCACAUAACACCAUUUCUGGAAUAAUUCCAAGCACUUGCAAAGCAAUAUUCUCAUCACUUCGUGAAGAAUAUUUGAAGGUACCAAAUACGUGUGAGGAGUGGAAGAAAAUUGCCGAUGAUUUUCAAAGUAAAUGGAACUUUCCGAACUGCCUGGGUGCACUAGAUGGAAAACACAUAGUUUUGCGUUGCCCGAAAAAUUCUGGAUCGCUGAAUUUCAACUACAAACAUAACUUCAGUAUUGUUUUGAUGGCAUUGGUGGAUGCCAAUUAUAAAUUCACAUACAUAGACGUCGGUUGUAAAGGAAGAAUUUCUGAUGGUGGUGUUUUUAACAGGAGCUCUCUAUAUCAUGCAAUUGAAAACAAUUUAUUGAAUAUUCCGUCGCCAUACUGUUUGCCCGGAACUACAAUUGAAACACCUUAUGUGAUUGUGGCAGACGAUGCGUUUGCGCUGAAAAGCUAUAUAAUGAAACCGUUCAACUUUCGUAAUCAAGAUAAAUCGCAACAAGUUUUUAAUUAUAGACUUUCUAGGGCCCGAAGAAUGGUUGAAAGUGCUUUUGGUAUCAUGGCAGCCCGAUUUAGAUUGCUUAGAACUAACAUCGAAAUAAGUGAAAACAAUGUAAAAUUAUGUGUUCUGGCCAUAUGCGUAUUACAUAAUUUUUUGGUAUCUGACGAAGACGAAAUUUUAUUAUCUGAUGCUUUGUUGAAUUUUAAUGAAACUUGUGAAAAUGAAUCGACAAAUCCUAUCAAUUAUUCAAACGAAGCGAAAGAAAUUCGCGAAUUAUUCAAAAGCUAUUUUGUCAGCCCAGCCGGAGAGGUAUCUUGGCAAUAUGAUAUGAUAUAA